AUGACGCCCUCGCCGGAAGUUCCGCCCCUGGGCAACGACAGCCACCCGGGCGGCGCCCCGGUGGCCUUCUGCAGCAUCGACGAGUCGUACAAGUACAUCUUCCUACCCAUCUGCUACUCCUUCACCUUCGUCUUCAGCCUGUCCCUCAACGCGGUGGUCCUGUACCGCUCCUUCCGGCGCACCAAGCGCUGGAACGCCUCGCUGAUCUACAUGGUCAACCUGGCCUCCACCGACUUCAUGUACGGCCUCUCACUACCCUUCCUGGUGGCCAGCUACGUCAUGCGCGACCGCUGGGUCUUCGGCGACUUCAUGUGUCGCCUGGUGCGCUUUCUCUUCUACUUCAACUUGUACGGUUCCAUCUUCUUCCUCACGUGCAUCUCGGUGCACCGCUACCUGGGCAUCUGCCACCCCAUGCGGGUCAUCGCCCUGGAGACCAAGAAAGCCGUCAAGUGCGCUUGCGUCCUGGUGUGGGCGGUGGUCUUCGCGCUCACCUGCCCCAUCUUCCGCUUCGCCCGCACGGCCCGCGCGGUCAACGGCGGAGCGUACAACUGCUGGGACGACGCCAUCGACCGAGAGUUCUCCGACUACGUGCCGUACGGCGUGGUCCUGCACCUGCUGGGCUUCUUCGUCCCGUUCUCCGUCAUCGCUUGGUGCUACUCGCAUGUGGUGCGGACCAUCUUCAAGACUUUGCCUUCCCAUCGCAGACGAGAGGAGGCGGCCGUCUUCCCCGGCGCCGACUCGCCUUACGCCGGCCGCAGGCGCAAGUCCAUCCGGACCAUCGUCACCAUCACGCUGCUCUUCGCGCUCUGCUUCUUCCCCUUCCACGUGACCAGGACCGUCUUCUUGCUCCUCAAGCUGAGCAAAGGCGUCCCGUGCCAGACCGUCACCACCGUGUCCAUGUGCUACAAAAUCACGCGGCCUUUGGCGUCCUUCAACGCGUGGCUCAACGCCCUCCUCUACUUCCUCACCAAGGACAAGGGGGGAUGCUGCCCACCGCCGGCCGCCACUGCCGCCGCUGGCCCUCUGCUGCCUUUGAGGAUGAUGGAAAAAGGAGAAGACCACGUCCACCGCCAUGGCAAAAGUCCCUUAUUGACCUAA